AUGCAGCAUUUAUACCAGUCUGCUGGCUGGGUUCUCAUUACUCUGGGGGCUCUCAGUGUAUUCUCUGGAGUUAUUGCUUUCUUCCCGGUCUUUUCCUGCAAGUUUUGGUUCACAGGAUGGAGUGUCUGGAUUGCUUGUCCCAUCUGGAAUGGAGUUUUGGCCAUCACAACUGGUAUCCUCCUACUGUUGGCUCACAAAGAGUGGACGCAGAGAUACCUGUGGGAAGCUAGUUUCACCUUCGUGAUUCUGAGCACGAUGGGAUGCGCACUUCAUUUUACAGUAGCCUUGGUUUCUGCUCUCCUUGGCCCGUAUUGCUUCUACUCACUCUCAGGGAUUGCAGGGAUCAAUUACCUCGGUUAUGCAGUUGCUUUUCCUUUUCCGUAUGCAAAAUUCCCAUCAGUCUGUGUGGACCCACCACACUAUGAAGAGUACCAUCUGACACUGCAAGCCGUCGACCUGUGCCUGAGCUCUGCCAUGCUCUGUGUGUCCCUGACAGCGUUCAUCACACUUUCUGCAAGACUUAUCCAGAAUGGACAUGUCAGUUAUACAGCAAGAAGGGGACCAUCUACAAACUAG